AUGCAGGCCGACGCGACCGCACAGCACAAGAUGGAGAAGAAGAAGCAGAAGCGCGAGCGAAAACAGCAGCAGAAACAGGAACAGAGACAGAACAAUGCCAAAAAAGCCAGCAAAAAGAGCGCCCUCUACCUAGAGAUCGGCCAGUCCAUGGCUGACCAGCUGCGAGGCCCUCCCAAGCCCAACAUCGACAGCCUGGAUCUGGUAGACCGGUUGCGCAUCGGCCAGAGCGCGACCCUGUCGGCACCGCCAACAACAGCGACCGCAUCCAGCUGCAGUUCCUCCACCCUCGUCGAACAGGGCGGCAGCAUGCCCGGAUCCAAAAAGGUGCCCUCCAUCGCCUCGAGCGGCGGAUCAGACUCGUCGGCCAAGUCGGCGCCUGUCGAACGCAGUCGCACCAUGCCUUCCAAAUACCGCAAGAUCGGCACCAUCUUCACCCUCGACGACUUUGCCGCCAUGGUCGCCCUCGAGUCCCUUUUCGCCAGGUACGGCCGCGUCUCGCACAUGGGCAUCCUGGACAAGAGCUACAGCUUCUUCGUCAACAAGGCGCGCACCGCCGCCCUCCACUUCAAGGUCCACAACGGCGUCGCCAUUGUCGGAGGCGACCCGCUGUGCGAGCCCUCGCAGUAUUCGGCCCUCCUGGAGGAAUUCGCACGAUACCGCAAGGAGUUCGGCUGGAAGCUGGCCUUCAUGGGCGCCAGCGACGUCUUCCUGCAGUAUGCCAGGGAGAAGAAAUGGACCACGCUCCAGUUCGGCACCGAGCGCGUCCUCAACCCCAUGACCAACCCCGUCCUGCUCGAGCAGACCGGGAAGCGCAUCGUCACGCAGAACAAGCAGCUCCUGAACGAGAGCAAGGGCGGCAUCUCGCUGGGCGUGUACAUCCCCUCGCAGGGCGAGGAUCCCAAGCUGCAGCGCGAGCUGGUCGGCACCUAUGACGCCUGGCGCGACGAGCGCAACCGGACCGCCACCACCCAGGCGUUCAUCACCGUCUACGACCCCUUCUCCCUGCCUCGGCUCAUGACCUACAUCUACACGCGCGGACCCGACGGCGUCCCCAAUGGCUUCGCCGCUCUGCGCAAGCUCGGCGCCAACCAGGGCUACCACAUCGAUCCGUGCAUCGCCGCCCCGGGCGCCCCCAAGGGGAUCAGCGACCUCCUCAUCUUCGCCGCCAUGGCGCUGCUGAACCAGGCCGGCAUCGACUAUCUCAGUUUCGGAUUCGAGCCCCUGGACGAGCUGGGCGCGAUCAGCGGCAUGCCCAAGAGCAUCGAGAAAUUGACCAGGUCGAUCUACCGUCACACGUUCCAGCGGCUGCCCAUCGCAGGCAAGAAGGCUUACCACGACAAAUUCCGACCCGACGAGAACCAGGGAUCCGGGCUGCAUUUGAUCUUCCCGGGGGGCGUGCCCGGGCCGCGACAUAUGGCGGCCAUGGCCCACAUGGCCAAUAUCAGCAUCCGCAAGGUCGUCUUCAGCGACGCGAAGAAGCCCCAGAAGAAGUCCAGCAGCUGGAGUCUUAGGGAAUCUCCGCGGUCGUCGGAUGAGACUCCUAAUGAACAUGAUGAGGGCGGGUCGGAAUAG